AUGAUAUAUGAUUUUAUGCUAAUUCUUACAGUAAUAUUACUUUGAUAAUUUAGCUUACAUAAUCCUUAUAGACUAUGAUUAAUUAAUUAGCUAAUUCACUACUGUUUAAAAAUUAUUAAUCAGUAUCAUUUUACUAAUAAUACUAUAAUGGUUACCUCAAUUACAGAUCAAAUUAUAAUCAAGCCGUAUAAUUUUUGUACUUGCAUCGAUAACAUCAAAUGCAUUGUUAAAUUUUGAGAUGUCCAUGUAAAAAUGAUGUAAGAAAGUUAUCUGAAAAAGAAAUAAGUUAAAUCAUCAAUUUAUAUUACAAGAAUCUAUUAUAAUAGAAAUUCUCUGAAGAGAAUGCAUUACAGUAUAUUUUGAUAUUGAUUGAUAUUUCCAAUAAUACAAUUUAAGCUCAUUAAACUAUUUUGAAUUAAAAAAAGAAUGUUUAAAAUGGAUAUAUAUUAGAAAUCUUUUCAUAUUUGGAAUAAGUUUUGUAAAAUAAAUUACAAACAGAAAUGCAAUAGAAAUAACAAGUAAAAUUUAUAGAAGAAAUGAGAUUAUUAAAAUUUGAAGGCUUGAUAGUUUAAUAAGAAUUAUAAAAGGUAAUAAUAGAGAAAUAUAAAUUUUAUGAAUCUUUAAAAUUGUUGAGUAUUCAAAACUUUUAAAAACUUUAUGAUUCUUUAUAUAAAUUAAAAGAAAAGGUUUAAGAUUUAAUAAAAAAGAGUAGAGAUCUUAAAAUUUAUGAUAACAAAUAAUUAAACAAUAUCUUUGCACUUCGUAUAUGUCAUUUGAUAUCAUUUUUAACAUAAAAUUUAAGAGAAUAAAUAGAUAAUUAAAUGAGAAUAGAUGAAAUAAUUUAAAAUGAAAUAUAUAGAGAAGAUGAAUUUACUAAUAUAGCUUUUACUUCAAAUUUUGCAAUUAGUUUGGUUGCAUCAUUGAAUGAGAAAGAAUCUGGUGAAAUUACUUCAAAAAUAACAUUAAAAUAAUUACAAUUUUUAGAAUUAGAUGAACAUUUUAAUCUAAAUUCUGUUUCUCAAAUAUUACAUCCUUCUUUUAGAGCAUCUCAUAUCAAAUUGGUAGAUUAAUAUUUACAAAAAGGAAAAUCAAGAAUUAUUGGAACUUAAAUUGAAAGCAUGAUUAGUCCAGAUGCAAAUACUAUAAUUCCUGUUAAAAUGAUUCUCUUUCCAUAUUUUCCUAAAUAGAAUUUGAAUAAAUAUCAAUUAAUAGCAUAUUUGUACAAAAUUAAUUAAAAAAAUAAUGCUAUAAUUCUUUUGGAUUAUAACUUUAAUUUGAUGUGUUCAGAUAAAUAAUUCAAAUAACUUAUAAAUUAGUAUUAAUUAUAAUUAAAUUAAAUUAAUCUAUUUUAAAUGAUACCGUAAUUAAGAGAGAAUUUAAUUUAUUUUCAUAGUUCACCUAAUAAUGCUAAACCUCUCUAUUUUUAAAAUUAAAUAAUUUAAAUUAUGAGUCGUUUUACAAGAUUUUAUAAUAAUAAUAAAUCAUGUAAUAUCUGUAAAGAUUUAGAUUCUUUUAAAUAAUUAGAAAAACUAGAAUAAUUUAGUAUAACCUCAGUAAAUUCAAUAUCAGUAGAUAAAAUAUCUUAAGUAGAUUAUGAGAUUUCUUUGUAAACCAUAUAAUAUCAUACUGAAGAUGGUUUGGAGUAUUACAUUUAUUAUAGACUUCUGAUAGAUUUAACUUAAUUUGAUAGUGAAUAAAAGUAAUAGAUUCAUGAAUAUUAAGAGGAAAAUAAAAAAGAAUUUAUAAAAAAGUAAAAAUAAAUUUAUUAUUAUUAGAAAAAGCAAAAGUAAAUCAAAAUAGAAUGACAAUGUUGUUAGAUCAUUACAUUCUAGAUAAAGUACUGCUACUAUUGUUAAAUCAUCUGAUGAUCUAUUAGUUUAUAUUUCUUAGAAAACACUUCCAACAGCAAUUAAAUAAUUCAUGUUUCUUUCUUUAAUAAAUAUGUGUAUUUCUAUAAUUGGAUUAGUUGUAAUCUAUAUAUUACUAUUGUAAAAAAGAAAUGAAUAGGAUAUAUGUUUUAAUAGAUUAUAUUAUGGAACAGAAUUCUUAGAUUAUUAUGGUAUAAUAUUAAAGGGUAGUAGACACACAGUUUUUUACAGAGACUUUAAUAAUUUUAUUCCCUAUAAUCAAACUAUUAAUAUUGAUUAAGAUAUAUAAGUAUCAAUUACAACAAGUGAUAAAAUUUCAUUUACAUUAUGGAUUUACAAAGAAAAUUGUUAAAAUCUAAUAAAUUUAUAUGAAAAUUAUAAAACUGUUUUAAAUAGUUAUUAGGAUGAGAAAUUAAUUAAUUUUAAAUUUGUUGAUUAUUAAGUUUAUACAAUAUAAACUUAAGUUAUAUAAACAUAGGCAGCUUAUUAUGAAAUAAUGAACUAACUAUUUUAUUUAGCAAUUAAGACUUUUGCUGGUGAUCCUUCACUUUACUUAAAAGGUACUUUAGAUACUUUUCAACAAAUAAAUACAAGAUCUAUCUUAUUUUUAAAUUUCAAUGAUGUAUGUGAUAUAACAUAAGAAUUUAUUGAGGCAUGUCUUUAAAAUAGUUAAGAAUAUAAUAAUGCUUUUGAUUAAUAGGUUUAGAUCAUUUUUUAUAUCUUUUAUAUUGGAAUUUUAGUUUUCUAUGUUAUUUUAAUGUUGACUCUUGCAUAAAUUAUUUAUAAGAUUAAAUAAAUUCUAUAAAUUUUUUAAAGAUUAGAUAAUCGUGAUAUUGAAGAUGAAUUAUAAAGACUUGAAUUUGUUGCUUAAAAUGUUAAAAAUGAAGAAUUUUGGUUUAAUAGUAAAUUUUUUUAGAGUUUUUAUGAAAUGAGUUAAGAUGUCUCAAAAACAUAAACUUAAGGAGCUUAGAAUAUUAAAUUAGAUGAUUAAUUCAAUCUACCUAUGUAUUACAUAAUGUAAACAAUUAUUUUUGUUUUAUUAAUCAUAUAUUUUGUUAUCUUUUAAAUACAAUACAACAGUUAUUCAAAUUAAAUAAAUCCAAUAGUAAAUACAGCAUUAUCAGGUAUAUAAAUUAGAUUGUAAUUUAUUAAAUUUAUAAAUAAUUGGGAUUGUUACAAUUUCAAAACAUUUUAUAAUUAUUAUAUUGAUGUAAAUGAAAAUACUCCCAAUAUUAAUGGAAACAUUAGAGGUGAUAAUAAGAUUCUUUAAUUAUUAGAAUUAGAUAAAAAUGAUAUAAUUCAAUCUUAUUUAAAUUUGGUAUAAGAACCAUUUACAAUUAUUACUAAAGAUCUACCAGAUAAUGAUAAGGCUUCAUUAUUGUUAAAUGAUAUUUGUUUACUUGUAGGUUGUGAUACAGAAACUGAAUUAUUUAAAUAGAGAUUUUUAGUCAAAGAGAUAAGUAAGUUCUUUAAUGUUGGAUUGAUCUAAUUGUAUUAAUAAACAUUCUUAGCAACUUAAAAUUUAGGAUUGAAUGAUAAUAAUGAAACAAAAUAAGAGUUUCUCAAAGAUUUCUUGGAUGUUUUAUUUUCAAGAGAAUACUUCAUGUAUAUAUAUUGGGGUUUAGAUGCUACCAAUUUUCAAUUGAGAUUAUUCUCUGAUUAUUUUAUUUAAAUAGCUAAAGAUUAAUUAACUUCAUAAACUGAAAUGAUUGUUAUCUUAUUGUUUAGUUUAGGAAUCUUCAUAUCUAUUUUAUUAUUUAGUAUUAAUGGAUUAUUAAUUCAUCAAAUAAUAAGAAAUUACUUUUCAAUAAGAUACUCAUUAAGAUUCAUUCCUAUGAAGGUGAUGAUAAAUAAAAAUAUCAUCAAAUAGAUUAAAUUAAUAAUAUGA